UUAAACACAGACGAAGAAGAAACCGUCACCGUCACCGUCUUUUACUGUCUAUGCACCGGAGUGACAGAGGUGCUGGACAGAGAUCAGACCGUCAUAUCGAUCAUGAGUGGCCCGUGUUUUGUGAGAACGGCAGCCAGAAGUUUCGCCGGUGGAUCAGGACUCUUCAGACAGACUGUUUGCUGUUCAAGUAAAGAGACGGUCACACGAAAAAUGUCAUCCAGGAGACAAACUGACCAUCUAGAAAGAACUGCUAGCGUUCAUAGAGAAAUGGAACUUUUCUCUGCACGUGUUUGUGACAUUAUGAAUGAAUCUGAUUCAGUGAAGAGACUGAGACUGGAGGUGUCACAUCCUGACUUCAGCUUUCGUGCUGGACAGUGGGUGGAUUUCUUCAUCCCAGGUGUGGAUACAGUGGGUGGCUUCUCCAUUUGCUCGAGUCCUGGCCUGCUGCGGAGAGAGGGAGUGAUUGAAUUGGCUGUUAAAAACACACGCCAUCCUCCAGCUCACUGGAUUCACACUAAACGACCAGAUAAAUUCUCCUGCGAUUUCCAUGUUACCCAACAGAGCUCUGACACAGAGCAGGAACUUCAGCCUUACACCAUAAAUGGAAGGAUAUCAGAAGAGGAACUUAAGCGCCAUGUAGAUCCAGAGCACACAUUGUGUUAUCUUUGUGGCCCUCCUCCUAUGAUAGAGAAAGUUAAUUCAGACCUGCAGAAAGUCGGCCUAUCCGAGGACAGAAUCCUUUUGAGAAAUGGUGGUAGCACUACAACUCAGAUCUUCACAGUGAUGGAUGCAUCUGCGUCAUCAUAGAAACAGACUGUAAUGGUAAUGGACCAGUAAAGCCUUUGAGAUCAAUUGAAGCGCACAACAGACGCUAUGUCUGCAUUCUCCACAUUUAAAGGAAUGGUUCUCCCAAAAAUGAAAAUUCCCCCAUGAUUUUCUAACCCUCAAGCUAUCUUAGGUGUAUAUGACUUUUUUCCUUCCGAUGAAUACAAUCAGAGUUAUAUUUCAAAAUGUCCUGGCUCUAUUUAUAAGCUUUAUAAUGGCAAUAGUCCAGUAGAAGUCCAAUAAAGCGCAUCCUUUCAUCAUAAAAAAGUGCUCCACAUGGCUCCGGGGGGAUAAUACAGGCCUGCCAAAGCCAAUCGGUGUGUUUUUGUAAGAAAAAUACCCAUAUUUAAACUUUACAAACCUUAAUCACUAGCUCGGAAUCUCUAAUCUCGGAAGCAAAGAGGAGAGAGCAAAACAAACAAAAGGAUUACGAAUUAGAAGUACAAAAAGAAAAUUUGUAUAGAAAAAUGUGAAGAUUUCGAUAUAAGCCAAGAUGAGUCUGGUUUUCCUUUGCUAAACAAUGGAAUCUUUGCUUCCUUUGCUUCUGUAAACAAACCUCGGUUCUUGUGAGACUAGCAUCUUGUUAGUUGAAGCUGUUUAUAAAGUUUUAAAUACGGAUACAUCGAUUCGCUUUAGGAGGCCUUUAUGGGUUAAAUUCAGAGCACAAAUUCCGAGUAUGGGUCACCAUACUUGGCUGAAUGUCACGUCACUUGUCACUUAAAGUGUGGAGCACUUUUUAUGAUGGAUGGACACAGUUUAUUGGACCACUGAGUAUCACCACCCAUUUGCUGCCAUUAUAAAGUUUGGAGGAGCCAAACCAUUUUUUCAAUAUAACUCCAAUUAUAUUUGUCUGAAAGAAGAAAGUCAUAUACACCUAGGAUGGCUUGGGGGCGAAUAAAUCAUGGGGUUAUUGUCAUUUUUGGGUGAACUGUGCCUUUAAACAAACAAUUCUCUAGACACUGUCCUAUUUUUUUUUUUUUUUUUUUUGUUAUACCUCAUUUUAAAGAUAAACUCAACAAAUUGACCAUAACCAGCUCUGUAACGCUCUACAUUAUAGUUCAUUUGCUGGUUAAUGGCAUAGCGUCCUGCUUCAAGGACAUCAUGAAAGAUUGCACACUCAGAUUGCAUUGGGUGUUUCAGAUAUCUGUGUAUAAUGUUGUAAUAUGUUGUUUGCAUUUUAGAACACAUAUUUAUUUAGUAAAACUUUUGGGGGCAUGGAAAUGAUCAGAGUUAUGCAAAAAAAAUAUAGAACAUUUCUGCUCAUGAAUAUAGUCUUAAUUUGUUUAAAGAUGCUAAAUAUGGUCCCUUUAAAUUUUAAAUUAUUCCAUCCCAAUUGUAUAAAUCUUCUGAUAAAUUCAAAUUGAGAUUUUUUGUAAAAUAAUUUAUUGAUCCAUAUAAUACAAGUGGAUGGAACCCUCAGGAAAGUUGAUGCUUCAAAAACCACACCAAGUGACCAUGACAGCGCUCAUGUGACCCCAGCGGAUGAAUCGAUGUCUUCUGAAGCAAAACGAUGGUGUGUGUGAGAAAUGUAUUCUAACUUUUUUAACUAAACAAUAGUUUCUGGCUGAUGGUUUCAUCCACUUUCAUUUUAUGGACCCACAGAGAUUGUUUAAAAAAAUCUGUUGUGUUCCACAAAAUAAGGAAAGUCAUACAUGUAGGAUGGCAUUAGGGUAAAAGAAAAAUGAAUUGUUAUUUUAAGGUGGAGUAUCAUAGUGUCAUAUAUUGUGUAUUCUAAUUUCAAAUCAUGCAGAAACUUAUUUUAGCCUUGUCCAGCCAAGUGAUUGACCCCUUUUUUUAACUGAAAGGCAGGACUACAGACUACAUUUUAUAAUCUAAACUCAUAAACUAUAACUAUCUCCAGUUUCACAGGAAGGAUGUUUUUAAAAAGUUGGAUUGAUGAAUAAGAUCUUUACCACUAAUACUGCUGAAAUGUUUCGAUAUAUUUGUAAAGUCACAAAAAAACCCACACUGAAAACAGAUGAAAACGGUGAGCUGUUUCUGUAAAUAAUGUGCUUUUAAUUUGCGUGAGAAGUCAAUUAUUGAGAGCUUUUAUUUACACCAUUAACUGUUUCACAGAUGUUCAUUUACUGUUACUUUAUACAUUUAGACAUUAGUUACUACCAUCCUCACUAAUAUAAAUAAAUGAAAUAACUGAUGUAAUACUUACUGAUGAAAUAAAUGAACACAUUGUGGAUUUUAUGCAUUUAAGCUAGUGCACGAUAUAUUGCAUACACUAAUACUGUAUGUAAUGCGAGUUAACAUCACAGAUUCACAGAGGUGAAGUCUCAACACAUUGGUCAGCGUUAAGCAUAUUGAGAGCCCAUCAAACAUAUGUUUUCACAUAUUUGUAAGAGUCUCUUGCAAUUUGUUAAAGGAAUUCACCUUAAAAAAGGAAAAAUAAUGAGGAGCGGCAAUAUUCUACCAACUCUUUGCAAUCUUACAGUACUGUUACACUGUCAGCAGAUGUAUACACACAGACACGGGCCUGACGAGAGUGUGUUCUGCCUGAAUAAACAGGAACGUACUGU